AUAACUGAUAUCGGCCAAUGAUGAAAUGAGGUUUUACGAUGUGACAUAACUGGAAACAAAGACGUGACAUGAAGCCGGUUUCUGCUGCCGGUCUGUGGGGCCAAGAAAAGGCAAACCAACUUCCGCGUUUCUAUUCAGAGCUCAGACCGUCCGCGAGCAGGAACACCUGGGAUUCAGGUAAAUCAGCUGGAGGUCUGGGUCGAUCUGGAUCCGCAGCCGAGAUGUGUUCCUCCGGGUCUUCCUGUCAGGUGAGACCUGAGACGAGAUGAAAGCAGGUGUUUUUGUCUCCAGCUGUGCAGCACUGCAGUGAAACCACCGUCAGGUAUCUCACAUCUUCUGCAUGGGACGCUUUUCCCCGCCCCGCCAGUGAAACUAUGGACCCGGACCCGGACCCUUGGAUCCCCGGACCCCCGGACCCACGUGACCUCCCAGAGUCCCGGCUGGACUUCUUCCACAAGCUGGGCUACUCCACGUCUCAGGUUCAGGCUGUUCAGCUGAAGUUUGGCCCAAAUGUUGACACGGACAAAGUGCUGGGGGAGCUGGUUCGGAUCGGGGCCAGCCGUGAGGACAAGCAGGGGCCCGUGACCACCAUGUCAGUGCUGGUGCCCAGAGGAGACACCCCGUUCGGGGGUCCUGAGAUGCUGCUGCCCCUCAGUGCCCCGUCGCUGGAGAACAGAGAGAGAAACGGAGACGCGGACGCUCUGAGGGCCGUCGUGAUUGACGGCAGCAACGUGGCCAUGAGCCACGGGAACAAGGAAGUUUUCUCCUGUUUAGGAAUCCAGUUGGCUGUCAACUUCUUCCUGGACCGAGGACACACCGACGUCACCGUGUUUGUCCCGCUGUGGAGGAAGGAGCAGCCCCGACCAGAUGUUCCCAUCACAGAUCAGCACAUCCUGCGAGACCUGGAGAGGAGGAAGAUCCUGGUGUUCACGCCGUCUCGGCGCGUCGCUGGUAAACGUGUCGUCUGUAACGACGACUGCUUCAUCGUCAAGCACGCCUUCGAGUCCGACGGCAUCAUCGUGUCCAACGAUAUGUACCGGGACCUGCAGGGAGAGAAGCCGGAGUGGAAGCGCUUCAUCGACGAGAGGCUACUCAUGUACUCCUUCGUCAGUAACAAGUUUAUGCCUCCUGACGAUCCUCUCGGCCGCCACGGACCAACAUUGGAGAACUUCCUGCAAAAGUUUCCAAAGACUCAGAGGAAACAGCUGUGUCCUUAUGGGAAGAAAUGCACUUAUGGGAUCAAAUGUAAAUUCCAUCAUCCUGAGCGAGCCAAACAGUCGAACCGUGCUCUGGCCGGCGAACUUCGUCAGAGCGUCCAUCACCCGCCCACCUCUCAGAAACAAGCUUCUACUGGCGGUGGUCCGGCGCCGGGACUCAUGCUGGCCAACGACUUGGCUAAGAAACUGACUCUGUUACAUGAGAGCAGCUCGAUGGAGAACAACAAACAUGUGGCUCAGGUGAAGGGGACUCGUCGCUCCAGUAAAAGGACCCCGAAAAAGGCCGGCCAGCACUCUGAUCACGCCUCGAAGCGGCAUGGUGGCUCCCAGGAGCAGCUGGACUCUGGUUUGGGCUCUAUAGACAGUCAGCCACUGGAGGCUGGACAGAGUCUCUGCGAUCAGCUGUAUGGCCCGUCGUACAGGAGCAUCCAACAGCACUACUGCCCUUCGAGAGCUUCAUCCUGCAGCUGCUGCUCACAAGGCCCUCCCUCUCUGGGCUGUACACCAUCUUUCCACCCAGACUUCAGCCCCUAUGGUCUGCCUCGGUACCCCGGCUCUCUGUACCCGGUCAGCAGGCCUGCAUACAGCCAGCCGGCAGACUUCCAGAACCACAGAGUCCGCCCCACCCAGCAGCAGCCACACUGGUCCAACCCAUUCAUCCCCCAUCCUCUGGUGGCCCGCAGCCUGCCGAAAGACUUCGCGCACCAAGACCAUCCACCAGGACCGACGAGUGAGGAACGAGAAGUCGUCCGGAAGAAGCUCCUCGCCAUCUUCAGUGCCCAACUAGUGGACACGGCCAUGGAUAUGUUUCCUGAGCAGCUGGACCCACAGAUGCUGGUGGCCAAGAUCCUCAUGCUGCAGGGUCAAAACCUGUCCCUUAGAUGAGUCCAGACCGGCCUGAGCCCUGGUCUGGCAGGGACUGAAAACAAACCGGUGUAUGGUUUUCUGUAUCGUGGUAUCCACUGUGCUAUAAGCUGUGCCUCAUUGAGCUGUGAAGAGGCAGCGUGUUGAUGCAAAUUGUGUCUUUAGUUAAAACUGUAAAAGCAUUUUAAUGUCCUUUCAUGGGUCGAAUGUCCGACUUGAAGCUGAAGCAGCCACGAGCUUCAAAACACCAGUCUGUUUGGUCGCUGAGGUGAACAUAAUAAAAGGAACGCUUGGUUUAUACUGAGAUGAAUUCUGAAUGUUCUGUUCCUGUCUGUCAUAUUGGCACCGUUUUUAUGUUUUCACUGCGAGCUGGCCAACAAUACAACCAAAGCAGCGCCUGAUUUAGAGUGUCA